UAGAAGUAGUUUGAUAUUUUGAUACGCAAAUGAAACUUGUAUUACAUUUUUCUUUAAAUUUAAACUUAUGGUAUUACUUGGUUGGGAGAAAAGUUUUGUUUGCUGCAGAAAGCUUGCUGAUUCGGGUUGUCCACUUCUGAAUUAUAUCCAUAACAAUAUUUUUAUUUUUUUUAAACCGAAAAAUUUAAUUAAGCCUUUGCUCCUUUCGAUGUACAAACACUACAGUCUACAGAAAUUUGUGAAAUUUUAUAGCCAGCAUGUAUAGCACAAGUUAGACCUUAGAAAAUUUGUAGUUAAGUUGUUUAUAAAAAGUAUACCCUGCACCCUGUUUUUAAUAUUUUUAAAUUUAGAGCAUGUCACACUAUGGCUUAAGUGAACUGUCAUUUGCUGUUUUAGGGAAUGACUAAAGCUGUAUAAAAACAUUUAUUCCUUACUAAAACAAACUAGGACUGCAAGAAUGAAUCAUAAAAUAUAAUAUAAUAAAAUUAGAAACUGUCCUAUUAGAUUUGGACUGAAUGGCUUCUAUUAGCGAAAACUUCACAUGUAUGUAAAUCUUAUGUCAAUUUUUUUCCUUAUGAAAUUGUCUACAAAGUAACAUUGAAACAAGGCUAGCUGUGUAAGAUUUUUACUACGCCACAUACACAGUCAAACAUGUACAGUCAAACCUUUAUAGCUAUGAAAGAUGGUUGCACUAUAUAUACAUGUGGCAAUCAACAUUUAGGAUAGUUGCCACAUUUCGCAGUUGCUCAGUUAUGCAAAUGCAUCUGGUCAGCAAUUUAUUAUGUAAAACUUGAAUAUGACAAAGCUAUGCGCUGUAAAACCAAAGGUAAAAGUGCAACUUUUUUUUAACAAAUUGACACUAAAUUGUAUCUUAAGCAAACUAAGAGCCGUUAUAUUAGAGUAAAAUUGAAUAUAUAAUUUAUUUUUACAAAAUAUACACAAAAUUAGUUACCCCAAUAAAAGUCUAUUAUGAAUUUCAGUAUAUAGAGCCAUUACGGGGUUAUAAUUGAAUUACCACACCACGGACAACAUUAUCAAUUUAGGUAAGGUAACUUUGAGUUUUAGGUGGCAGCAUGUGAAUAUAAAGACAACCACUAUCCUAACAGACCACCACAGGAUUUAAAGCAAUCAAGUUAAAAAAAUAAAAUUAUGUGAACAUUGACAUGUCAUCCAAAUUUAGUAACCUUACUAAUAGCUAGCAAAUCCAGAGUAGCUAUCCAACUAGCUAACAAAAUUUAAAUUAGCUAACUAGCUAUAUACAUAAAAAGGUUCUUUAAAAGGGGAAAAAGGUAGAGGAGGGGAAGGGAUACUAAGUCCCCAGAGCAUUUAAUUUGUCGCGAGUGGAAAUUCUUUCCCUGUUUCUCCUUGCCAGUCAGUUCGCCCUGUUGAAUUUUUAUUCGUACUUUGCCGGAGAACCGACUUUGGCGCCCCCUACCCGUACUGGGCGUAUUUCAAAAAGUUAAAUUUAGCACUCGCAGUGGGCGGUGUGGAGGUGAACCGUUAUUUCCUUCGGAAAUGCACUAUUUUUAUACGUUUUAUAGACCACGUGGGAGUGUUUGUUGAAUAUGUAUGUGAACUUGACGAGCCUUUUUUAUCAAAAGCGUAAAAAAUAUGGGCGGUAAAAAUGAUCAAGUUCAAAGGCCAUGUUUACGUUACUUACAGUUUCCAUCAUUCUCCUUCCUGUGGACACAACCUAAAGUUAUUUUGGAAACAAAAAAAUAAAACUGUAUGAUAUAGGCAAAGAGCAGUGUUUUUAUUCGAUUUUUGGCUCGAUUGUUCACACUGGACGAGCAGUAAAUUAAAAACACUCCACUAAAAUAAAAAUGUUUAUUUUAGAGUUCUUUCCAAAAUAUUGGCAAGAGAGUUUAAAAUAUGUCUUGAUUAAACAAAUACAAAUUUAUGUCAUCUCAUGUUUCUUAAAACAACUGCAAGUAAGUAAAACUUCUACAUCAAUAUAUGUUUUGGCAACAUCUUAUAAGUGACGGUUUCAGGUGACGACCAACGAUGACAAUCUUACAUAACAACAGAUUAAACAAUUAUGACUUCAUUUUCGGAUUUGUUUAAAACUUUUGAUUGCACGCACAUCAAGUAAUUAGUAUUAAACCCAGGGUCACUAACGCUGUCUGCAGAAGAGAUUAAAAAUACUGAUAUUUUUCACGACUUGAAUAAAAAGAGUUUAUUUCGCGCGCUAAGCUACACAAAACCGAAAGACAAAGUGAUGCACAUAACCUUGUUCUCAGGGCUCUUUAUCUGUCUUGUCGUCCUAAUUUACAGAAAAAAACAAAGAGUAGUGCGAACCAAGUUUAUGGUGCAUGUACAUGGUGCGAAAUACUUUUGUUAUACCAGUAGGUUAGAAGAGGUGAAAUUUUUUGUUCAUAUUGUUUAUUUUUUUAAUAGUUAUAAUAUCCCCCGAGAGAAAGCUUUCACAAUGUUUCGCUGUGCAUAUGUUCUACGAGAAAACACAGUGUGAUCUGGCUUGACAUAAAAUAGUUUUGUACGCGAAAAAAAGUUUAUCUGGACGCAUCAAAAAGUUUUCCGACGUAAAAUUAGACAAAAUGACUUCGAAGUUAUAUUCUUUUGUUAUAUUAGCGUACUGGUUCAACUAUGUAUGGACAUAUCAAAAAGGCUCAGUUAUCGGAAAACGUUGCAACUACCGUUAUACAUUCAAGCAACACUUAUUUAACAGCCCAGGUUACCCAUCGUUCUAUCCAAAUAAUGCAACUUGUCUUUGGAAAAUUGUUGCGAAAGAAGGCUGGCACGUUCAACUUACUAUUAUUGAUCUUAACAUCGAAAAUUCUAAACACUGCGGAUUUGAUUCUGUCACCAUUUACGACGGAGAGGGCGAAACAGCGAUACCAAUAAAAAAGUUAUGUGGCGUCAUACCUCCAGAAGCCGUGCGCAGUGUUAGCAACAUCGUCACUAUAUUGAUGACAUCAGAUGAGACGGUAAAUGGCAAAGGCUUUCGAAUAAAAUAUAAAAUGGUUCCAGGUUGCAGGAAAACAUACUCUUCCUCAACAUCAUCCGAUAUCAUAACAUCGCCCGGUUAUCCAUUUGCAUAUCCCGACGGUACCUAUUGCACCUACCACAUUGCUGGAAAUGAGGGGCAGAAUAUUAAAAUAUCGAUUUUGGAUUUCCAACUGGAGGAGAAACAGUACUACGAAUGCUUCGAUCAUUUAUCAAUAUUUACGGUGCCGGAACAAGAACCAGAAAGACUAAUUGGUCAAUUCUGUGGAAAGUCAAUCCCCAACUCUACUUUUUGUGUCAAAGAUACUAGCGUGAACAUCAGAUUUGUUACAGAUGAUGACGUACAUUAUCGCGGCUUUAGGUUGAAGUUUGAAAUUACAGAUGAGGCAUGCAAAGAACAAAAAACAGAAGAAAUUGUCAAUUUAUCUAGUGUCAUAUACAUGGACAAUAUUGCAUUAUUUAACGCUCUGUUGGACGAGGAGCUAAGCAACACGAGGAGACAGGUCACAGUUACUUCGACAGAUUCGACGAAGAAGAGGGAAGAAGAACAAGUACAAUUAGGACGUGGAAUGAAAGGAGAAACAGGUAUAUUAAUGGGAAAACAUAGUGACGUAACAAAAGUAACUAGUAACCGAAAAAAAGCAGAAAGUGUAUACACAAGAAAAACUAUGGUGUCAAAAGAACACAAGAUUAAACAAAAUUCAGUUUCUCAGGUAGGGAGAAAUUCUGCAGAAGGAUAUGCUCAUCAAUUAAUAGGUAAAAUCACAAAGUCCUCUGAUCUUGUUAAUCAAUAUUACAUAAGCAGAAAUGAGAAACAGGUACCAAUAAAUUCACUCGAUGUUUCAGUGCAAGGAUCCCUGUCAUUGGUUCGUAACGUAAAGUUAACAACCAUUCAAUCUGAACCACUUUCACACGAGUUCACGCAUGGCGAAGUAACGUCACAGAAAAUCAGAACAUCACGCCGAUCUAAAACGUUGAAAUUUGCACCACAAACCGAUAUAUCCGCCAAAACGUCACAGCAAACCGAUAUAUCUACCAAAAUGUCGUCACAAACCGAUAUAUCUACCAAAAAGUCACAACAAACCAGAAUGUCCACUAAAAUGACACAGCAAACCAGAACUUCGGCUAAAAUGUCCCCAGUAUCACAAGAGAUCGAGAUAUCAACAAUAUCACAACAAACUAGAAUGUCCACAAUGAAACAACAAACCAGGAUGUCCUUAAUAUCACAAACUAAAAUGUUCACUAAAACGUCCACAACGUCACAAGAGACCAAGAUAUCCACAAUAUUACAACCAAACAAAAUGUCCACAAUGUCACAACAAACCAGAAUGUCUUCUAAAACGUCCACAGUGUCACAAGAGACCAAGAUAUCCACAAUAUUACAACCAAACAAAAUGUCCACAAUGUCACAACAAACCAGAAUGUCGUCUAAAACGUCCACAGUGUCACAAGAGACCAAGACAUCCACAAUAUUACAACCAAACAAAAUGUCCACAAUGUCACAACAAACCAGAAUGUCGUCUAAAACGUCCACAGUGUCACAAGAGACCAAGACAUCCACAAUAUUACAACCAACCAAAAUGUCUACAAUGAAACAACAAACCAGAAUGUCGUCUAAAACGUCCACAGUGUCACAAGAGACCAAGACAUCCACAAUAUUACAACCAAUCACAAUGUCCACGAUGUCACAACAAACCAUAAUGUUGCCUAAAACGUCCACAGUGUCACAAGAGACCAAGAUAUCCACAAUAUUACAACAAACCAGGAUGUCCACAAUGACGCAACAGACCAGAAUAUUCACAAUAUCACAAGAAACCAGAACAUCCACAAUGUCACAAGAAACUAAAUUAUCUACCAAAAUGUCACAAGAAACCAAAAUGUCCAUCAGAACACCACAAAAAACUAAAUUAUCCACUGAGAAACCUCAAUCAAAAAUGUCACCAAACAUCACCACAACAGGUUUCUUAAACACGCAAAUACAAAAGCCAGCAAUUUUACCUUUACCAUCCAUCGCAGCAUCCACUUUACGAACAUCAUUUAUACUGUCCCCAUCCUACCAUAUUUUGGAAGUGGAAACAUCAAAAACAUCUCUGCUGCAAUCGUUACAUAGUACAGUAGAUAAAAGUCAAAUCGUGACUCUACCUUCUGUUUCUCGCGUGCUAAAAUAUGGAAAUGCAAAAUCUACGGUAAGAAAAACAGAAUUUGUUGUCAAAUCGCAAAUCAACGUAAAAAGCAUCAACACAAAAUCAGCACACAUUAGCCGCCUUUCGAAUCGUCCAAUAUGUUUGAAAGGUGACAGUAGUUACAGUGGAACAAAAUCAUUACCUCCCAGUAUGUUCUCACAGGUAACAUCAUCGGGACAUUCGUCACUCACAUACAAAAGUACAAUUACUUGGAAAGAAUCCAAGCUUACUGACACCUAUGCAGUUUCCAGUAAAAAUCAGCCAGAAUCGUUUUACCACAGAAGAAUGUCAUCUAAGGUUACCAGAGCAACAAAACAAGUACCCUCAGUUGCAACUCGGAAUUUACCGUGCAGAAGAUAUCUUUCAAUCGAAGUUGCUGAAGGAAACGUACCACUGGCACCUCUUGUAUCUAAGGAAAGGUUAAAGCUGCAAGAGAUAUUAAAACUAACAAUACAAUCAAUAUGGGAAGUUGGAUGGCCACAUGAAGGAGCAUUAGGACAAAUAGGUAUCAUGCACUACGGAACACUGCUACACACUCGACAUCAAAACUGGCUGCUUUACGUACGUGGGAGACGACGCAAACAUUUUCAUUUGCUUGAACUUACUGAGAUGGAAAUAAAACAAAAUAAUGUCAACAAAUUACGAAAGCUGAAUACACGAACUGCUAAAUCAACUAUCGGAACAUUUUUGUUGAAAAUACCAACAACGGUGAGAAUGAAAAUGAAAUAUUGUUGAACACUUUGUAACAGAUACAUGGAUAUGCGAAUAAUUUAUUUAAAAAUAAUAUAUACAAUAAUACCAGUAUGAUAGCAUCAACAUUUAGUAGAACUCAAUUUUACUUUUUAAA